AUGUCAUCUCUACUAGAUGCUGUCCUCAACUCGGAUGCGGCACCGACGCCCUCGAGCGAUGCGGGCAUUCCUGGACGCACACCGCGAAUGCGCUCUUCGUCUGCCAGACCUCGCGGGCCUCCUUCAGAGAGCAAUGGCGCAAACAGCGACGUUGAAGGAUUUCCAGAUGACGAAGUCGUAGGUGCGAGGGUACCAGGCAGACGGACUAACGGACCUCGAACCGACGUACCUAGGGUUGUCGAUGUGACGGCAGAGACGCUGUCACUUCGGUUCCAAGAGUUUCUGGAGACAUUCACAGAGGAGAUACCGUCAUCAGCACUACCCGCUUCGAGCAUUCAAACCACCGACAAGUACUACAUUGCGCAGGUCAGGGGCAUGAGGCUCUGGGGCCUGUCUACACUCUACGUCGAUUACACACACCUCGAUAGCCACGAAGAUGGUGUUUUGGCCAAAGCAAUUGCCAGCGAAUACUAUCGCUUCCUGCCUUACAUGACCAGAGCUCUCCACAACGUCAUUGCAAAGUACGAGCCGGUAUACUUCCGCCAGCAUCGCCAGCCGACGUCGACCAUCUCAGGAACAGAUGCUUCCAACGCUGGCAAUUCCGCAAACGACAACCAAAACGAUCAGACCUCGAACCAGCAGACAGACAAAGUGUUCACACUGGCUUUCUACAAUCUGCCCCUCAUCUCCCGCAUUCGCCAGCUACGAACAACUUCCAUUGGGCAGUUGUUGUCAAUAUCAGGAACUGCCACUCGCACUUCCGAAGUCAGGCCUGAGUUGUCAAUGGCUACCUUCAUUUGCGAAGCCUGCAACACUGUUGUACCCAACAUCGAACAGACUUUCAAGUACACGGAACCGACACAAUGCCCAAACAGCACAUGUAUGAACAGGGAGGGUUGGCGCCUGGAUAUCAGACAAUCCACUUUCGUCGACUGGCAGAAAGUUCGCAUACAGGAGAAUAGUUCGGAGAUUCCCACAGGAAGCAUGCCACGCACAAUGGAUGUUAUUCUCAGAGGAGAGAUGGUCGAUCGCGCCAAAGCCGGUGAAAAAUGCAUCUUCACAGGCACCGUUAUUGUCAUACCAGACGUCAGCCAAUUCCGUGUUCCAGGUGUCCGGCCACAAGCCAUGAGAGAUACGUCAAACGCUAGCCGUGGCAAUGAUGCGGGUGGCACUGGUGUGAGCGGUCUCAAAGCCCUUGGUGUUCGCGAUCUCACCUACCGCAUGUCGUUCCUCGCAUGCAUGCUCUCACCAGACAAUUCUACCCCGGGUCAACCAUCGAACCACCAUCUGACUGGGCAAGCUACCAACAUUAUCAGUUCCCUUGGCCAAGGUCAGCUUGAGCAGAAUCCGGCCAGCGGUGAGCUGGCUCAGGAGGAGUACCUUGGUACUCUCACUGCAUCGGAGAUUCAAGACCUGAAGGAUAUGGUGCACAAGCCCAACAUCUUCAUGCGGCUUGUUGACUCGAUCGCACCAAUGGUGUACGGCCACCAAGUUAUCAAGAAAGGUCUACUACUUCAACUUAUGGGCGGUGUAUCAAAGGAAACGCCAGAGGGCAUGGCUCUUCGUGGUGACAUCAACAUCUGUAUUGUUGGCGAUCCUUCGACCUCCAAGUCUCAAUUUCUCAAAUACAUCUGCAGCUUCUUGCCUCGUGCAGUAUACACGUCUGGUAAGGCUUCUUCGGCUGCUGGUCUCACCGCAGCUGUUGUUAAAGAUGAGGAGACUGGCGAGUUCACCAUCGAGGCUGGUGCGCUCAUGCUUGCUGACAAUGGUAUUUGUGCCAUCGAUGAAUUUGACAAGAUGGACAUUGCGGAUCAGGUUGCUAUCCACGAAGCCAUGGAACAGCAGACAAUUUCGAUCGCCAAAGCUGGUAUCCAGGCCACACUCAAUGCGCGCACAUCGAUCCUGGCAGCAGCCAACCCAGUCGGUGGCCGCUAUAACCGUAAAACAACGCUUCGCGCCAACGUCAACAUGUCCGCACCCAUCAUGUCGCGUUUCGAUCUUUUCUUCGUCGUCUUAGACGAGUGCGACGAGUCUGUCGAUCGCCACCUUGCUGAGCACAUUGUUUCGAUCCACAAAGACCGUGAUGAAGCGGUGACACCAGAGUACAGUACUGAGCAGUUACAACGGUACAUCCGCUUCGCCAAAACGUUCCGUCCAGAGUUCUCAGAUGAGGCGAGGGAGACUUUGGUGGAGAAGUACAAGGAGUUGAGGGCGGACGAUGCGCAGGGUGGCAUCGGACGCAACAGCUACCGAAUCACUGUUCGACAGCUUGAAAGUAUGAUUCGUCUUUCAGAAGCCAUCGCAAAGGCCAACUGUGUCAACGACAUCACCCCAGACUUUGUCAAAGAAGCUUACAACCUCCUCCGUCAAUCAAUCAUCUCUGUCGAGAAGGAUGACAUUGAGGUCGAGGAUGAAGACGAUGAAGCGGUCCUAGCUGCUGCCGCAGCUGCUGAAGCCCAAGACGGCGACGGUGGGGCAAUGGACGAGGACCAGCAAGAUGCUUCACGAGCGCGCACAGCGACGCCUGCUGUUGCACCUCGCGAAAAGACCAAGAUCACACACGACAAAUAUGUUGCCAUGCGCAACAUGUUUGUCAAGCGCAUUAGCGAAGACCAAGAUGAGACACAAGAUGGUGUUGAUGAGGAGGAGCUUCUCGUCUGGUAUCUUGAGCAGAAAGAAGCUCAGCUGGAGACUCAGGAGGAUAUGGAGGCGGAGAGAGCACUGGCGAAGAAGGUGCUCAAGAAGAUUGUAAAGGAACAAUUCUUGAUGCUUAUCCGUGGAGAGGGUCUCGCAGACGAUCAGGGCGAGACCAUCCCGAGUGACAAGGUCAUGUAUGUGUUGCAUCCUAACUGUCCGGUUGACGACAUGAUUUAA